ACAGACUUCCAGUAUUUCUUUUAUAAAGAUUAAAAUCCUGAACUUUCACAAAUACUUGUUUUAUUACAUAACAACAAUGAAGACUGCAAUUGCUUUCCUAGCUGUCUGUAUUUUGGCUUUAGUUACUGGAGAACCAUGUACAGGUAACACAAACUUGGACACUCAGUGCUCUCAUCUGAAUUGUGAAUCUGGAUGGCAUUUAGCCUGUAAUAAUGGCCAGUGUACUUGUCUUCAAAACAUUUCAAACACUUGUACUACUAAAGCAGAGUGUGAUGCAGUAUCUAACUGGAACUGUCAAAUGAACCGUCGCCAUUGCAUUGAUGGUACUUGUAGAUGUAGCAGAUUUUGAUUUGAUUAAAUUGUACACUCACAAAAUUUACAUUUUUUUAUUCUGUGGAUUUAAAGACCAAAGUUGUAUCAUUUGUAUACGAAUCUAUCGAGCUUUGUUCAUAUAUUUAAUUAACAAAAUCUUUUUAUUAUUUAAUCAAACUUAGAGAAAAAACAAUAGCUGUGUUGAAUAUAUGCU